CAGAUAUGGCGUAGCUUCUAAAGAUGGCAAAUUUUUAAUAUUUUACGUUACUGCAUCACUAUUUUAUCCAAAAUUUUAUAAGAGAAAAGUUUGCCAUUGUUUAAUUUAUUAUUUGUCGUUAACAUAAUUAUUAAAAAUUAUAUAAAAAUAUAAUCAGAUAUUCAGAAUUUUCACCAGAAAUGACAAGAUGUGCAAGAAACGUGGUUAAUCUAAAAAGCAGUGCCUAUAAUCAAACAGGACAGGGAUAUUUCGAGCAAUUAGUGGCGUACAAUUCAAUGAACUCGCAUCUACGACGGAUUUUGUUAGCAAAGAGUACGAUCGACACAAGAAAUAAAAAUUAUUUAUUGAAAAAAAAUCAACGAUGUAAGGUGCAAGAUGCUGACAAUAAAAAAACAUAUUUGCACCCGGAAGUGAUAGAUGAUGUGAUUGAAAAAUUGGCUUAUGAUACUCGACAUCAUCCAAUGGAUGUAUUGAGAAUGAAUUUCAAUUUGAAACAUCCGGAUUGUUGCAAUAAUUUAAAUCGUCAUCAAUCAAGAAUUUGCGGUAAUCACACAUAUUAUGAAGAAAAUGAUCAAACAGGCCAUCGACAACGAUUAAUGUCAAAGAAUGAAAGAACAAUGUCACCAAUGACAUCACGUUCGGCAAGACACAAAAAGCUAGCACCAAAUUUUGUUUGUGGAAAAGAACUAAAAUCAAUGCGGAAAGAUCCUCGUACAAUCAAUCUAUCAACGUAUUAUUCGCAAUGGAGAAAAUGUAGACAUGAAAAAGAUCCGCUUUUUGUUUCUUGUACAACUACUACCUUAGAUUCAUCAAUGUUUAAAUCAGAAUCACAAUCUCUAAUACAAGAAACGGACAAUCAUCGUUUAACAUCCUUAAGUGCUUCACAAAGUUACGACGAUCUAAAUUACGAUGACAAAACCAUUAACCAUUACAUUGUUUCAAAACAAUGCUCAUCCAAGAAGGAAGAAGAAAAGAAAUAUAUUAAGUUUGUCUAUGACAUCACCAAAGAGAUAAUGCAGAAAGGUCUUUACACUGAUAAAGAGCUGCAAGAUGUUUUUAAGAAGCAUAUCGAGCGAUAUAAAGGAAUCCUAAACAUGAAUAAAAUGCUUUACGAGAUCUACCAGUUGAAGAUCUCGUUAAAUAUAGUGGAUUCGGAUACGGACGAUGAGCUGGAGGAUCUUGUACAUGCGCAAAAACUGUUGAGCAUAUCCGAAAUCAGGCCGCCUACACCACCGAAGGUACUGGACGAGAACAAAGUGAUGGAAAAGUUGGAGUCUUAUAAAAAAAUGAUGGAAGCUGAAAGCAGACCUUUGAGCACUACUGGCAAAUCAGUUACAAUAGUCGAUGCAAAUCCCGAGUUGUUUGUUACAGAGAGAGACGUGUUGAUUUCAUUGAUAGAAGUGGGUAUAGAUCCUAAACAGGCCCAACAUAUUUGUAAGAAUCUGCUGCAGAGGAGCAAAGAUACGGCUCUCGCCGGAACGGUGCAGGUAGGCGCAGAGGCUUAUCUUCUCGAUUUGGAGGUAGACAAUUUGGAAAAGCUACGAGAUAACAAUGUAAGCACUUCUCCCGGAGCUGAAACAAUCGAAAAUAUCCACGAUUCUAUCGUUGAUUUAGCAAAGUCUUCGGUAAAACAAGAAGUUAGCCCUUCAAUGUUAAAUCUCACAGCUGUACAAAAUGAAACAAUAGAAAUAAAAAAGAAGACUGAAUCUCAGAAUACGGCCGAAGGUGACGAUAAGAUGAAAAGUGAUAAAGUUGAAUCAUAAACAUGACAAUUAUAUUUCUGUUUACAUUAACAGAAUAUUUUUAUUGUUCAAAAAUAUUCUUUUCUAUUUCCAUUGGUAAAAAACCAUUCUUUUUCAAUCAACGUUUGUUACAAUGUCGCCUUUGUAUUUAUUGUUAUUGAACAACUUAUUGUAUUAGCAGCAAAAUAAAUAAAUGUGCAAAUUUUUGUUCAUGUAGAACAAUGCAAUUUGUUCAUUGUCUGAUAGUGGUGAUAUUAAUAAUUUAUAAUACGGAAAACAUAGUAUGCAUGUAUGAUUAUCUCAUUCAUAUACAUUUCUUUUAUUAUAUAUAGUUUCAUAAAAGGUCUGUGACGCUUUUAGGUCAUGUCAUUUAUAGAAUCUCCGCUGAAUUACUAACAAAAAUAAAAUAUGCAUAUAAUGAAAGUCUUGUACAUUUACACAUGUACGUACGUAUACAAUGUUCUUGUACAUAUCUAUGUACAGAUAUACAAAUGUUUUGCGUUUGUACAAUAAGAAAUUACACGAUACAUCAUCAUGAUAAAUGAUAUAUCUCUAAUGUAUAAAUUACAUGCACAGUGCAAUUUAAAUUAAUACAGAGGAUAAAAUAGUUGCAUAUAAUUUUUCAUCUUUUGUUUUGUUUAUAUAUUUACAGCUACUGGCACUGUACUUGCGCAUUUCAUUUUGUACAUAUUUUUCUUUCCUUUCAUUCAACAUACGGCUAUUUAACUUGGAGAUGGUAACUGGAAAAUAUGUGUACUUCAUUUGGCAUCUAUUUGCGACAAAAUUCAAUAAGUAAAUAAGUCAAUGCAACGCAGAUUCUCAUUGUUUGCGCAAAAACUAAAGAAUGUUAAUAUCUAAUGUUAUCAAAAUAAUUUGCAUUUACUUUUGAGCUGCACUUCCGCUACAUUCACUACAUUUAAUUAUAUGCAGAAUUAUAUUGCGUUGAAUUCUCAAUAUAACUAGACACAUAUGAAAGUUUUGCAAAAAUUUCCGAAUUAUAUGGACUCUGUCCGAUAUUAUGACAACUUAAUAUUAUGAAUAAUAUGAAAACUUAAACAUCUUAAUGUCUAUAAGUAAAUUAAUAUAUUAAAUUUUGAAUACGUAUCACUUGCAUCGCCUACAUCUGAGUGCAUAAAAAUCAUAUGCAUAAAAAUAUACGUUCAAAAAAAAAAAAAAGAAAAAAC